ACUUGAUUCUGCGGGUAUUUUGUAGGGUGGCGCGCCUGGUCAAUUCUGUGCCUAAAAUUAGCCACACGCCAAGCUUCAUCUCUUUCAACCUGCCAUCUCUGCUGGACAUCAUCUGCUGCUUCACACAGGACACUAGCGCUCGACACAUCGGAUCAACAGGAGCAGAAGAACGGAGGAUUCAGCACGAAGACACACACAUACACAUACAUAUACACACACACAUACACACACGUACACACGAUGGCAUCGACAACAGACCGACAGAAUCUGUUAUCAGACGCACAGCCAAUGGGCACCAACACCCUCGAGCCAGAUCUUGAGGCCGGCGGCCAGCCCUCGCUUCUUAAGCAGUCGAGUCAUCCGGUGUGCCUGAUUUUCCACUUUUUGUUCCGCAUUGCAGCGAUCUGUAUCUACUUUUUCGGAACUUGGUUCACGGACAACUUUGUGUUGAUCUUUGUCCUGUGCGUGCUUAUGCUCGUGUUCGACUUUUGGACGGUCAAGAAUGUCUCUGGGCGGCUCUUGGUCGGCCUGAGAUGGUGGAACGAGAACAAGGAGGAUGGUACGACCACAUGGCUGUUCGAGUCCCGCGACCCAAGUCGCCCCCUCAACCCCGUGGACUCGCGCCUGUUCUGGACAGGCCUGUAUGUGGCUCCAGCGGUCUGGGUGGUGUUUGGAAUUCUGUGCAUCCUGACCUUCAAGCUGACCUGGUUGCUGAUCGUUGCGGUCGCAUUGGCGCUGAACUUUGCGAACGUGAUUGGAUACACACAGUGCGACAAGGAUGCGAAGCAGAAGUGGGCUUCAGGAUUCGCCUCGAACAUGUUGGGUGGCUCUAGCGCUGGUGGACUGAUGGGCGGAUUGAUGAGCAGGGGAAUCUCUCGCAUGGCUGGAUCCUUAUUUUAAGGAAGGAUGAGAAAAGGACGAUGGAACAUGAAGCGGCAUGCCAUUCGAAGGAAUAGAAUGGGCAUGUACGAAGGCAUUUUGGUAUUUUGGUCGUGGAACGAAUAAAACAAAAGAAAUGCGUAUGCUUUGAACAGGC